AUGUCCCAACCAACCUUACCAAUGGAAACCAAUGAUGAUGAGGUGACAACAAGCCGCCCCACUGUGCAACAGCAAGAUCGACCAAGGUCGACAUCUCCGCGGCUCCAAUAUGGAGCUGUGGUGAUGCCACAGGCCCCGCUGCAACCACCACUGCCACCGAUCGCGAUACGAUCGAUGGUGGCCCCAGCGAUCACAGUGACAUCAAUAACCCCAGCACCAACAGGUGCUGGGAAUGCAUUGACAAUGAUGCCACCACCGCCGAUCCCAACAGUGGUGGAAAGGUGGGUCUCAUUUGGGACUCACCAGUUCACACUGUACCACAUGGAGGUGUGUGCCAUGUGUUAUGCCUACCUUCAACAUAUCGCAAUGGCACACAACACGGCCCCCUAUCAGGAAGCCCACACAGAUGCGCUCAAUGCCAAGCAGCACCUGUUCUGGGAGCACUUCCAGACCUACACGGCCUUGGAAGGGGGAGGACGUGGUGACGCUCUCACGCAGCAAUGCAACAUGGAGCUGCAAGCGCAACUCCAUGCGGCAGAAGCAGAAGCAACCACACAGCAAUGA